AUGGCUGCGGUGAGAUUGAGAAAGGCGUUUCGAUACCCUGAGGAAUCGGAGGGCGAGAGAGAGGAGUUGGAUGAAGAAGAACAGGAACGGGUUAUCGAGCAGUUGCAGAGCCAGAAUGAUGCUCGCAACGCCCAGUACACUAUGAUUUUCACUGCACUUCCUCUGCUGGCUGCUACAGUAUUUGUGUCUUCGGUGCUGUCAGCUUCCAAUCAGGCUGAACGAUUGUUCUCGCUCCUCAGCGUUGUAUCGCUGUCGACAACGGCCUAUAUCAUGAAACGCUCUCCUAUCAAGUCUGACCGCAAAGGCAAGAAGCCUGUGACAUUCCAUACUGAACGUAUUGAUCGACUUCAUGCGGCUCUAGUACCUGGCACCGGUGCAAUUUGCUUGUUGCUGGCCCUGGUCUAUCUUUCUACAGGAUCAUCUUAUGGGAUCAAACCAGUGCUAUAUCUGAUUCCUGGAGUCAUGCUCGCCGUGAUUCUACUUGCUCAGAAGGUCAUGCUCUCUGUUGAUCUUACAUCUCUCAAGGAUCUACAGUACGAGUACAAAGGUGCUUAG